AUGCUGGAUGGAGAAGACUUUGUAGAACAUAUUGAUAUCUUAUCAUCGCCAACAAAAAGCAGGAAUGCCACCCCGAAACGGCUGGAUAUACAUAGGGAAGGGCCAUUGAGAAAGAUAUACGCAUCAAAGAAGAAUUUGUUGGAAAGGAUCUCGCUUGCGGAUAAUAAAACUAGUAGUGUAUCACCGGAUGAGACACUUGAACCUAGUACACCAAGCAAAGCACCUCGUAAACGUGGAAGGCCAAAAAAAAUACAGGAGAACUUGGACCUUGGAGUUGUAAAAGACGAAGGAGGUACUAGUGUCUCUAGAAAGAGGAAGAAACCACACAAAGAUAGAUUAGGCCAUACCGAUGAGGAGAGUGAAAGUUCCAACACUAAACAGGUGAUGGAAGAAGAGGAAGGCGAAGAGGCAGAGAAGGCUGAAAAAAUAUUCAUGGGCGUCCAACCAACACAUGAGGAAAGCCCGCUUUUACCCAGUGGCAGUGGUUCUGCAUCAAACUCAGUAGAGCCUCUAGAACCUGCAACACCAUCGAAGAAAUCCUUCACCACUAAUCAUGACUUUACCUCACCCCUAAAGCAAAUUAUAAUGAACAAUUUAAAAGAGUAUAAAGACAUGGCUUCCCCAGGCAAAUUAACUUUGAGCAGGAAUUUCACUCCAACCCCCGUACCGAGAAAUAAAAAGGUUUACCAGACUUCGGAAACCAAAUCGGCAAGCUCAUUUUUAGACACCUUUGAAGGGUACUUCGACCAAAGAAAAGUUGUCAGAACUGGUGCAAAGUCAAGGCAUACAAUGUCAAUGGCACCUGAUGUCACUAGAGAAGAGUUUUCUUUGGUGUCAAACUUUUUUAAUGACAACUUUCAAAAGCAUUCAAGAUCAAAAUUAUUCCAAAUUCAAAAAAAAAUGUUUCCUCAAUAUUGGUUCGAAUUAACUCAAGGGUUCUCACUACUGUUUUAUGGUGUAGGUUCUAAGCGUGAUUUCUUAGAAGAGUUCGCCAUUGACUACUUGUCUCCAAAAGUUGCAUACUCGCAACUAGCAUAUGAUGCUGAAUCGCAGCAGGACGAGGCUUCAAACGCGAUCCCAUGCCUUAUACUAAAUGGUUAUAAUCCUAGCUGUAAUUAUCGUGACGUCUUUAAAGAGAUCACCGAUCUUCUGGUACCUGCUGAAUUGACAAGAAGCGAAACAAAAUACUGGGGCAACCAUGUGAUUCUGCAGAUUCAAAAAAUGAUUGACUUUUACAAAAACCAACCCCUAGAUAUCAAAUUGAUCCUUGUGGUGCACAACCUUGACGGCCCUAGUAUAAGAAAAAACACUUUCCAAACGAUGCUGAGUUAUCUCUCUGUCAUUAGGCAGAUUGCCAUAGUGGCGUCUACAGAUCAUAUAUACGCCCCAUUACUCUGGGACAACAUGAAGGCCCAGAACUAUAACUUUGUCUUCCACGACAUCUCGAAUUACGAGCCGGCUACCAUCGAGUCCACAUUUCAAGACGUGAUGAAGAUGGGCAAGAGUGAUACCAGUAGUGGCGCGGAAGGUGCCAAAUAUGUUCUGCAAUCACUUACCGUCAACUCCAAGAAAAUGUACCGGCUGCUCAUUGAAACGCAAAUGCAAAACAUGGGCAACCUUUCCGCUACCACGGGCCCAAAACGUGGUACUCAAAGAACCGGGGUGGAACUCAAAGUCUUCAACCAUUUAUGUGCCGCAGAUUUCAUCGCUUCCAAUGAAAUAGCCCUAAGAUCGAUGCUCAGAGAAUUUAUUGAACAUAAAAUGGCCAACAUCACCAAGAACAAUUCGGGGAUGGAAAUAAUUUGGGUGCCCUACACAUACGCAGAACUGGAAAAACUGCUUAAAACCGUCCUAAAUACUUUAUAG